CCAAUAACGCAUCAACAAUACUGGAUUACCUGAAUGAGGACUGCUGGCGCGUCGUGCUGCAAUAUGUGCCCGUCCGGGACCUCAUCCGCACUGAACGCACCAGCCGGCUUUGGCAGAGUUGGGUGCUGAUGUACUUGAAAGGGCCGGAUCCGCCUAGACCCACGAGGCCCAGGCAACCUGGUAAUUUAUUGAGAUGGAGAAGGGGGCCCCGAUACACUAGGGGGGGGACCCUGGAAUUCCAAGAGCGAUACAAGUGCCUAGAGGGACCCUAGGUCUCUAAAAUCCGGGUCUGAUUCUUAAGAGUCCAAAUAAGUGUAGUGGAUGAAAAUGAUAGACCCAAGAAGAACCAUUCCAAUGCUUGUACUUUGAAGCUGUCGGAGGAUGCUUACGAGUCAUUUGCAAUGUGGACCCGCAAAGUAGGUACAUCAGUCGUGGGCGCUUACUGCGACAGUUUGGAAAAUUUAAAAAUAAUUUAUGAAAACUGCCCCAUUUUGGAAAGUCUAAUGUUGAUAGACAUGCAAGACUACUCUGGCUCGGAAGGAUUGAGUCCAUACAAUCUGAAUAAAGACUUCAAGUGUCUACAGGGGCUACAUUUUUAUUCAUGUCCUGUAUCGGACAAUUUCAUCAACCAAUUCGUAGCAGAUAAAGCUUUAGAAGAAUUAGAAAUCCGCGACGACUGUUACAACGUGACAGGGGAUUUCUUAAAUACAAUAAACUUGUCCAACUUAAAAUACCUCGCUUUAGAAUCGUUGGCACGUUUCGAUACCGAGCACUUGCAUUCAGCUGUUAAUCAACAUAGUGAGUUGACAAAGUUGGUGCUGGUUGAUAUGCCUUUUGGUACUGUUGAAGCAAUACAAUAUAUGGUAGAUAAGAUGAAGAAAUUAGAGUAUUUGGAAUUAUAUGAUUCUAAUUGGAUGAGCUGUUAUGAAUAUGAGCCUAUAGCGCGACUGGCCCGCUUGAAAUUUCUUCGGGUGUCGUUCGUAGUGCCUGAUGAGGGUGUGGAAGCUAUUCUUGAGGGAUGUAAGGAGUUGGAGACAUUGGAGCUGUUUGAUUGCCGAGGGAUAACCUCGGCGCAUGUGGCGGACCCGUUCUGCCGUUUCGGGUCACGACUUCAUUCGCUGACGCUGCAUAAGUUCCACUGCAUGGAGGACGAUGACCUGGUGGCCAUCAUCAGCUCCUGCCUUGCGCUAACGUCAUUGGUGGUGAGCGCGGCGAACCUGUCCCCCGCACUGCCGGCGCGCGCGGCAGCGGCGCGCAGCGCGGCGCGGCCUGGCGUGCGCUUGUGGCUCGACCUCAGUGACACCAUUCUAGUGGAGCCCGAGCAGCUGAAAGAGCUAUACGGGGAAUACGAACCAAUGAGGACAGACUACGAAGACCUGAUCAUAGAUCUUACUGUUAAGGAUUAAUACCUAUGUUACAUGUUAUACUGAAUCAGAAAAUAUAAA